ACGCGGAAGGCAGAGCUAGCUGAGCGUCUCGCUUCCGCGAGGCAACCUGUGGCGCCUUGAACGAGGUCCGCAGAGGCCAGUACACUGAAGCGCCCCGCGGAAGUCGAGCAGAGGGUGCCAGGAAGGCUAGUUCCGUGCCUUCUGCCCUCCGCCAGGAAGAAGAUGCGAGCCAGCCCCAUCCGCAUCCCAACUGUCACCAGUGACACCGACUGGGACUUCUGCUUCCAUCUGUCCCAGCAAACGAAGAUCCCAGAACAUCAGCGAAUAGAUGAGUCAUCUCCCACUAGUGGAUCUGAAGAGAGUGAGGAAGACACCAAAGUCAAGGAGAAGGUCAUAGACCGUAUGUCUCAUCCCAGAGAGAAACUGGCCCAAUCCCGGAAGAAAAUAGCUCAGCUGAUUAAGGGGAAAAAGAACAUUGAAGCAAAUAAGGAGCUGAUUCGCUGUGUCAUCCUUUCUCGGAUUAUUUUUGGGGAAGAACACUGGAAAUGUGCACAAGCUUUGGCCACCCUGGCUUAUGGCUACCUGACACUGAGAGGCCUUCCAGCUCAGGCCAAGAAACAUGCGGAAUCCGCCAAGAACGUCUUACUGACCUGGAAGGGAACCACAACCUCAGACAAGGAGGAAAAGCAAAUUCUGGAGACUCUGGUCAUGCUCUACUACACUCUGGGCGUGGUCUGCCUCCUGCAGAACCAUGGCAGAGAGGCGUAUUUCAACCUGCAGAAGUCAGAGAGAAACAUGAAGGAGCUGAGAGAAUUGUAUAAGGGAGGCACUUGUGGAUUACAGGUCUCAGAGAAAGAUUUAACAAUUGCUUUGGGCAGAGCCUCCUUGGCCAACUGCAGGUUAAACCUUGCGCUGGUAUACUUUGAAAAGGCAGUUGACAAUGUUAUUGCCAAUAAGGGUGACAAUACGUCAGAUCUGGUCAGUCUUUACCAGGAAAUUGCUCAGAUCGAGCAGCUGAGGAGGAACCACGAGCAAGCCAUCCAGUACUUGCACCAGGCCCAUUCGAUCUGUGUCUCUUUGUUCACUGAAGUCAGCCCCCAAGCUGCAGAGGCGAGUGCGUUACUAGCCAAGGCUUAUGCCAUGUCUGGAGAGGUCCAACACAAGGAUGCUGUUGGGCUGUAUUUUAUGAAAAGCAUCACUGCAUAUCAAACAACAUUGGGCCCAGAGGAUUAUGAAACACUGACAACUGUUGAAGAAUUUUGCAAAUGGCUUGUUCAAAAUGGGGAAAAGCGGGAGGCUUAUAGGCUGCUAAAGGCUUCAUUGAGAUCUCAGGUCAUCAGCUAUGGUGACUGUAAUGAAAAAGUGGCUGAAACAUUUUAUAACAUGGGCAAGAUCUGCUUUGCCAAAGGAGAGCUCAGAAAGGCAGUUCAACUGCUAAGGAAGUGUCUGAUGAUUCAAAUACUUAUAUAUGGAGAUGAGCACAGGAAAAGCAGAGACACAAAAAACCUCCUGACCCUAAUGCAGAGGGCGAGUAACAGUUCAUCCAGAUGGAGAAGAGACGACAUCUCGGGAAGAAGGCACUCUCUAUGCAAAAUCACAGAGGCCUGACAGAGGGCAGCGUUUGGAAGGAAUGGUCUUCUGUUAUCAGUAAAGGGAAAACCUCUAUACAGGAUAGUCAACAAUAAAGCCAACCUGUUGGUAACAAGCA